AUAACAGAGCUUUAAAACAGCAAUGUCUCUCCGUUGCAUCUGAGUCGCUCUCUUCUCUUCGUCCUUCCGACAUUUUUCUGUUUGGGGUUUAUAGAUUGAAGAGUGUAGCUGAAGGUUCGUAAUUAGGGUUUCGCAGAGAUGAGCCGAAGUUUGGGAAUACCGGUGAAGCUUCUUCACGAGGCGUCAGGCCAUAUAGUGACGGUUGAGCUGAAGAGCGGCGAGCUCUACAGAGGAAGCAUGAUCGAGUGUGAGGAUAACUGGAACUGCCAGCUCGAGGACAUUACCUUUACCGCUCAGGAUGGUAAGGUAUCACAGCUUGAGCAUAUCUUCAUUCGAGGAAGCAAAGUCAGGUUUAUGGUCAUACCAGACAUUCUCAAGCAUGCUCCAAUGUUCAAGCGCUUAGAUGCUAGAAUCAAGGGAAAGAGCGGAUCACUUGGUGUUGGCAGAGGCAGAGCUGCAAUGCGAGGAAAUGCUCCGGCUACUGGGCGUGGAACUGGAGGAAGGGGAGCGGUACCACCUGUGAGGAGAUGAUUGAAAAUGUAAGCUUCUAUCUGCGACAACGCCAGCAUCUCUUACGUUUGUUAUGUAUUGCUUUAAGGUCUACUUGUAAAACCAAUGUCCUUCUCUAACAAGAAGGCAAACAAGAGAAAUGUCUAGAUGCACUAUUAGUUCUGUAUUUUUGAGGUGCUAAGAUGUUUUAAAAACUUGACAAGUUUUCCUUAUGGUAUAUUUUUGCGUUCUC